AAGUACCGUGUGUGGCUACAUUUAUCGCAAAUAAGGAACAAUUCCGUGAGAAAAGUAUAAGUGGGUCGAUUAAAUUAAUAAAAUGCAAGCUAAGGACAACUGCACGGGGCACAGGUGACUGUUACCUGUUGCUGCUGCUCACAAUGAAUGCGUCUUUGUUGUCGGAAGAUCAGUCAAAACUUCAAAGGCAUCAAAUUUGUCCACGAUGAAACCGAACCCGGGGAAUCUGUCUGCAGUUGCGUUUGAUGACAAAACGAGACUAGCAUGCUCAGGACUGGGAUGUGGGCCAACAAUGACCUGAUCAUGGAUCUAAUUGCCACAUCACUGCAAAAACGUCUGAUUUGUCGAAAUAAAGCGGUGCAACUUGAAUGUAUUCUCUUACAGCUUAAUGCCCAUUGAACAAAUGAAAUGGUUUCCCCUGAAUUGCUCUCACAGUCAGAGUUCUUACAUGGAGUGGGCUACUUCCUCGAAGGACAGCAACAGCACCGAGAAAGGCUGAAAGCCAGGAUGAGCCAAAAACUCUUAAAGGCUCCCAGUGUGGUGGUAGCCCUCAGCUGAAGAAGGGCCUUUUUGCAGGGUGGAGGCAGCACGCUUGCAGCAGCCAGGACCUGUCACAUUACUCUCAGCUCCACGGCGGGACGAGGGCACCUGAAUACAGGCUGUGAGGGAGGGUAAGGAGAGUGCAGAAGCUUCUGCCGCAGCAGCACAAUCCAACUCAGGACUCUGGAGAAACUAUUUCCUCUUGAGUGAAGUGGACUGUAGCUCCAGAGGUUGUGUUUAAAAGUACUCUGGUUCCUUUCUAAAACUUUGGAUCUAAUUGAAAGAAAGAAAGAAAGACAGAAAAAUGGAUUCAGAUGUGGACUAUGAGUACCCAGACCUUGGUCCUGUGCCAUCCAAGAUCGAAGCAGAAGUAAUCCCCCCAUGUGACCCUACGGCUGAUGACAGACUCUACCACAUAUGUAUCACCGCCAUUUCUUUCGUCGUCAUGUUGAUCCUUGCAGUGUUAGCCAGACGCAUGAAGGAGGGAUACAGACAGAAAGGACUGCCAGGGUUACUCAGUCCGGUCAACUUCCUGGACCAUACGCAGCAUAAGGGCCUGGCAGUCGCUGUGUUUGGAGUGCUUUUGUGCAAACUCUGGGGCCUGGUGCUAUUGCCAAACCCCCUCCCCUUCUCUGAAGACAAGGAGAAUAAACAAUAUUGGUUGAUCCUGGGAGUCUUCUACUACCCCGCACUAUACUACCCUCUCCUGGCAUGUGGCACUUUACAUAAUAAAGUCGGCUAUGUACUUGGGAGCCUUUUAUCAUGGACCCACUUUGGGGUUCUGGUCUGGCAGAAAAUCGAUUGUCCAAAAGAUCCUCUGAUAUACAAACACUACUCCCUUUUCUCCAGCCUGCCACAAAUAGCUUGUUUGGCAUUCCUCAGUUUCCAGUAUCCCCUGCUUCUAUUCAAGGGCUUAAAGGGUACUGAAAAGAACAACGCCACCGAGGAUCUCAGUAGCAGCUACUACAAAGACUAUGUGAAGGAAAUGCUAAAGAAGAAGCCGUCAAAGAUCAGCACAUCAAGCACAGAAACGCCAAAGCUCCCUCAAAGAAUAAUUGAUGCUGUGAAGUCAUACAUUUACACACCAGAGGAAGCUUUCCGUUUCCCCCUGAAGUUGGCCAUCUCUGGUGUUGUGUCAUUUAUAGCUGUGUAUCAGAUGAGUCUCCUGCUGAUCUCUGUUGUGGUGCCAACGCUCCAGACUGCACGAUCAGGAGUCGAUGAAGAUGUUGCCAACCUUUUGGCCGGCUUCAAGAUAAUGCUGUCUCCGGACAAACAUGAAGUGGUCAGGAUAGUAAUUUACUACAUGUGGUGUGUGGAAGUGUGCUAUAUUUCAGCAAUAACACUGUCCGCUUUGGUCAACCUGGCUAUGCUCAUGCGCUCCAUGGUUCUGCAUCGGUCAAACCUGAAGGGGCUGUACAGAGGAGAUAUCUAUAAUGUCUACAACUGCCAGAGAAGCAUCAGGGCUUCAAGACCAGCACUGGUCUGCUGGAUGGGUUACACAAGCUUCACAGCAGCUCACAUCUGCAUUGGCAUGAUGAUCCAGACCCUGGUGUUCUUCCUCUGUCUCCUGGUUGCUGUCUUCCUCAUCAUCAUACCCAUCUUGUACCAACAGAAUCUGAUCCUCUUUCAGAUCCUGUUGAGCAUGUGGCCCUUCUGGCUGAUGAUUAUCUUGGCUGUGUUGGUUCAGCACAUUACUGGCAGGUUUUGCUUCAUCAAAAAAGCAGGAGGCACAAGAGACCUUGACAACAGGGGUAAUCUAUUCCUGCUUACUUACCUGCUGUUUCCAGUCAACGUCCUGAUUGGGGUGCUGCUGGCGGUGUGGCGAAUGAUCAUCACAGCCCUGUACAACAUUGUCCACAUGGGACGUAUGGAUAUCAGCCUUCUUAACCGCAGUGUGGAGGCUUUUGACCCAGCCUACCGCUGCUAUGCUCAUUAUCUGAAGAUUGAGGUGAGCCAGUCCCACCCAGUGAUGAAGGCGUUCUGUGGGGUGUUGCUGCAGUCUGUGGGCCAGGAGAGCAACUCUGCACAGAGGUCACGGGAUGCUGAAGAGGGGAUCCAGCUGGUUCAGCAGGAGAAGAAACAACACAAACUGUCCAGCGCCAAGAGGGCCCGCAGGCACUGGCAGCUCCUCUACACCCUGGUCAACAACCCCUCCCUGGUGGGCACCAGGAAGCACUUCCAGUGUCAGAGCGCAGAAAGCUUUCUGAAUGGAAGUCUCAACCGCAGCGCCAAGGACGUUACCAACAAGGAAGCAGGGACCAAGGAGAUAGAGGCUGCUGCCAGCAACUGAACCUGAAUGUGGCCCUGAUUCAGGAUCGGCUGCAGAGUCUCUUUUGGUUUGGGGGAAAUUGUGCAGCCAUAUAAUGUGUCCAUACCUGCUGUAAACGUGGUUAAAUAAGUGCACUUUUUGGUCAGUGCUACAUGUAGAGGUAUUAACGAAGCCUUCUCUGUUGGAGGGCUGUGAGUUCACUUUGUGCUAUUCGUGUUUCUUUUGUUUGUGUGUCUGGACCACAAUCUGCCACCUGAGGACGGCUUAUGUGGCACUGACCUCCUGUCCACACUAAUGAUUCUUUAGGAAAAGCACUUAUUCCAUAUCUUCUCAAAUGUGCUGGUAUCUUUAUAAAGAGUAGAUAAUGCAGGUUUGUUGUUGCCCAAACUAAAAACGUGAACGACCAGUUCACUGAAGCAUCCUUUGAAGGAGGGUUUUAAAAUGUAGAGCAUUUCACUAUUUAUGAAGACACAUAAUGAGCUGCUUUCGUAGGCUGCGUAAAACAUUUAUUUUUUCAAUUGUACACAAUUUGUGAGAAUUAGUAAUAACCUGUGGAAUAUGAUCUAGGAAUCAAAUGAAACUGUUUGUAUUUUCUGUUUUAUUAGUAGAUCUUUAAGGAGAAACCACUUGCUGCUUCCACUGUUUUCUUACUAUUGUCCAUGGUGUCUGAUAUUCACCAGCACUGCAGCGUUUGUCUCUGGAUUUACAAAAAAAAAGUUGACUUUAAAGUGAAAAUUUCUACGUCUGAAUAUGCCCUCUGAUCACUGUGAAAAUAAAACUGAAACAAUUA